AUGGACCGAACGCUCAAAUGCUUUACCAACUGCCUGCUCUGCGUCUCGGGCGAACUAGUGGCCCAGGACAUUUACUUCAGCACGGAGCAAGGCACCAUCACUCCGAACUACUACUACAGACAAGAAGGGGUCGAGAGAAUCGAUCUGAACGGUAAAAUAGUCUCACCAGGUUUUCUGGAUUUGCAGACCAAUGGUAUGAAAGGUGUGCACUUCACUCAUCUAGCACAAAAUGAUGGCGUCGAAGACGACGAGCGGAAGUUGCAGGAGGUCAGUGAGAUGGAGGCCAGUCACGGAGUUACAGGCUGGUGGGCAACGGUACCCACGGUCGAUCGGCAUCAAUGGAAACAGAUAUUACCAGCUUUGAAACCACGGACGUUCGCUUCGGGGGCAGACUUGCUCGGCGCACACGUCGAAGGACCGUACAUCACCGCGUCGAAGAGGGGAGCACAUAACGCUUCCUAUCUGGUCGAGCCAACUCAAAUAUCUCCGACCGAGUUGUAUGGAGACCACAGCCUCCGAGAAGCGGUCAAGCUGAUCACUCUGGCGCCCGAAUUGCCCGGAGCGACGGCGCUCAUCGGCCAGCUACAGGAGGAAUAUCCUCACCUCGUCAUCUCGCUCGGUCAUUCUACGGCCACGUAUGACGAGGGCAUCGCUGCUCUGCAACUCGGCGCUCGGGCUCUCACUCACGUCUUCAAUGCAAUGAAUCCUCUGCACCACCGCCUUCCCGGGCUUGCAGGACUCAUGAGCACAGGCAAGUGUCAUUACUCCAUCAUCCUAGAUGGCAUCCAUUUACAUCCUUCUGUGGUGACGCUGUGCAUGCGUACCGACCCAAGAAAAUGUGUCUUCAUCACAGAUAGCAUCGAACUCGCCGGAAUGCCGGACGGGCUACAUCCCGGGCACGGGCAGAUCCCACACCGGCAACUCAAGCAAGGCAACAGAGUGACAAUUGAGGGCACAGAUACAUUGAUUGGGAGCUGCUGUACGUUGGACGAAUGUGUGCGCAAUGCCGUCGCAUUCAGCGGCUGCAACCUGGCCGAGGCCGUGCAGUGUGUCACCGAGAACAUUGCUGACCUUAUGGGCGAGAGGAAGAGGGGAAAGCUCGAGCCGGGAAGGAGAGCAGAUUUUGCGAUCUUGGAUGGCGAGGGAUAUGUCUUGGAGACGUGGAUCGGCGGUCAUAAGGUCUGGGAAAGGACAUGA